AUGGAGGAGAAAGAAGACGACAAAUCAUACUUGAGCAUGAAAGAUUUUGAGGAAAGGGGCAUCAAGAUUGAUCCAAACUGGACUACUUUCCGAGCUUUGUUGGUGGCUGCAAGUAUAGCCUUUUCCAAAUUAGUGGGAAAUCACUUGAAGAAAAAGAAGAAGCCGAAAGAAAAAGCCGACAAAAACCCCAUGAAAGAAGAGAAGGAAAAUCCAAGUGCUUCGUCUGGAAACGGUCGGAAACUUCUUGCCGAUGCCAUGACAAGCCACACAGUUUUCGACUGCGAGGAGUUGGUAAAUCAUCAUCAGCUGCAGAAGAAGAUUGAUAUUUCAGACAGUUUGAAGGAACACAUCGAAAAGGUCCGGAAUGGUACUAGUAUUAUGCGGGUAAUACAGAAAUCUUUGUACUUUUCAGAUGUGUCAGAUUAUCAUAACAGGUUGUCCAUUCCAUUGAAGCAAGUAGAGCAAGAGUUCUUGACUCAAGAAGAGAAGGAGUUUAUUGAGAAAGCAGGCAAACUGGAAGUGCUUUUAGUUGAGCCUUCACUUAAUAUUUGUGGAAUCACCUUGGCAAAGUGGAAUAGCUCGUAUGUGCUGAUAAAAGAAUGGAAUAAUGUUAAAGAUCGGAGUAAGCUGAAAGCAGGUGAUGAAGUUCAAAUAUGGUCAUUCAGGACACUGGAAAAGCUUUGUCUAGCCCUUGUCAUUCUUCGGAGAAGCUAG